AGUUGGACGAACAUCGUCGUCGCGACGCAUAGAUCGCGGGAACGGAAUGAAAGAUGAAACUCAGCCCGGUCGAGAACGAUCGGAAUUAACGCAGCCCGUUUCAUUCAUACUGUUUGCGUUACAUAAAUAGGUCUAUCGCCGCUGAAUCGAUCGAAUAUCCGAGUUUGCGUGCUAGCGGAAGCGCCAUGCGACUCCGUAGAUUCCAGCGUCCGCUGUGAUCUCGUGCAUCGUAGCUCGUUAGAACGACGCUCGCGACUUUCUCAGACAUUUCCCGACCGAGAACGUGCAAGCAGAUCUCCAAAACGACGACAAUAUGCCGUCGGUUCGCCGGAUGAUCCUCGGACACGUCAUGUCCGACUUGUGCACCAAGAUGAAUCGGACGAAGAAGCUCGAAGGCGAUUUGCUCGAGACUCCGAUGAAACGAUGUUUGUCGACGUUCGACAUCACUUUGCUGGGUGUCGGGCAUAUGGUCGGCGCCGGGAUCUACGUCCUGACGGGCGCAGUGGCGCACGACACAGCCGGGCCAGGUGUAAUUUUAAGCUUCCUGUUCGCCGGCAUGGCCUCCCUGCUCGCGGCCCUAUGCUACGCGGAAUUCGGGGCCCGAGUCCCGAAGGCCGGCAGCGCGUACGUUUACACUUACGUCUCCGUCGGGGAGUUCUGGGCGUUCGUGAUCGGUUGGAACAUCAUCCUGGAGCACAUGAUCGGAGCGGCGUCCGUGGCCAGAGCUUGGAGCGGAUACGUGGACUCCUUGGCAGGAGGAUCGAUCAGCAAUUACACCCGGCAGGCGAUGCACGGUUACACCAUGGGAGAGCCGCUGGGCAAUUUUCCGGAUCUGCUUGCCGGCGGCCUGUGCCUGGCUUACGCCAUGCUGCUCGCGUUGGGCGUCAAGUGUUCGGCGACGGUGAACUCUCUGCUGACUAUAGUGAAUCUCGGUGUGAUGGCACUGGUGAUCGGUUUGGGGAUCUCGUACGCGAACAUUUCGAACUGGAGCAACGAGAACGGAGGAUUUCUGCCGUACGGUUUCACCGGCGUGCUAGCAGGUGCGGCAACCUGUUUCUACGCGUUCGUUGGCUUCGACUCGAUCGCGACUUCCGGCGAGGAGGCGCGCGACCCGAGUUACAGCAUACCGCGAGCAACCAUCAUCUCGAUGGCUAUCGUUACCAUUGGGUACGUGAUGGUCGGAGCCGCACUCACCCUGGUCGUGCCCUACUGGAACAUAAAUCCGACCGCGGCUCUUCCCGAAGCCUUCUCGUCCAGGGGAAUCCCGUGGGCGAAAUACGUGAUAAGCGUCGGGGCUCUGUGCGGAAUGACGACCACCCUGUUCGGAUCCCUGUUCUCCCUGCCGCGGACCAUGUACGCCAUGGCGAACGACGGCUUGCUGUUCGGCUUCCUGGGUCACAUAAGCGAACGCACGCAGGUCCCGGUUCUCAAUCUGGCCAUCAGCGGCUCGUUCAGCGCGUUGAUCGCGUUGCUGUUCGAUCUCCAACACCUGGUCGAGUUCAUGUCCAUCGGCACCUUCUUGGCGUACACGAUCGUUUCGGCCAGCGUGAUCAUACUGAGGUACCGACCCGAGAAGAAAACGCCCCCGCCCUCGACGGCAGGCACCCCGAGCAGCUUGGCAUCGCCACCGACGGAGAGCGCCGAUUCGAACAGCGAUUGCAACAGCGUUACAUCCGCCGAGUCCGAAUUGCUGUGCUCCGGCGAAGGCGCUGGUAAACUGAAACCGAGGUACACGUGGCUGGUCCACGUUCUGGGGAACUGCAAGCCCGGGAGUGCGGUGGACGGCUGCGUGAUGAUCUACACGAUCGGAUGCGUUGCUCUUUGCGCGUUGAUCAUCUUGAUCUCUCAAACGUGCACCACGUCGUGGAGCGGCAGGGACUAUCUGGUCGUGGCGAACGUCGUUCUAUUGUUGAUCGGAAGUCUGCUGAUCAUCGGCGCGCACCAGCAGAAUCAUGGCACAGGCAAAUUUAGAGUGCCCAUGGUGCCCUUGGUGCCGGCAUUGAGUAUCCUGUUCAACAUCGGACUGAUGUUUCAUCUGUCUCUCCUAACUUGGCUGCGGUUCCUCGUGUGGAUGAUAGCCGGGAUGCUGAUCUAUUUCCUGUACGGAAUCCACUACAGCAAAGAAGCGGCCAGCCCGAAUUCUUAUUCGAUCCUGAUGGCGACCUCGGAGGCUGGCAGGGGAGCCAGAUGGGGCGCGACAUUGCGCGUCAAUCAGAAAACCGAUAAGCUUCCGAUUUUAAACGACGACGAUUUGGUUCGCUAGUAGCCCGCGGCUAAUUUAUCGGGACCGUGCGACGUAUAAAUUCAUUGUAACGAUACGUCGGUCGCGGCGGCGUGAAAUACGAGCAUUCGUUUCCUUUGUCGGGAUUUCAAAAUACAGUAAAUUCUCCCGAAUUCUCCUUCAGCUUGUAAACAAAAGUGGACGAUUCGGGGAAGAGGGAAUACGAUUAUUUGAGCCAUGAGCGAUCGAUUGAUCGACAAUUGUAAAAACGAGGUGCGAGGCUAGAAGACGGUGAUUUCUCCCGAAUUCACGCUUAGAUCGCGCGCAAAAAUGGGCAAUUUGUGAAGAGGUGAUCUCUUGCGGCUCGUUUUUAUAGUUGUCGACAAUCGGU